AUAAAGCCCAUACCCCAAAAUCGUACAUUAAUCUUCUUCCCUCAACUAUACAAAAAACCAUGGCUAGCAACAACUUUUCUUUAAUUUUCUCACUUCUCAUCAUCGGUGCCGUUCUCUGCUCCACUACUACAGUUGUCGUCGGCACUCCCCCUGGUCCUCGGGGAGGUGCACCUUUUCCGCCUAUUCAUAAUCCAGUAGGAACCCCGCCACAGCUCAACAAGGUGGCAGGCCGCCGUGGAUUACUAAGUGUUCCUGGCGCUAGCCCUAACACUGAUUCACUUGCAAGCCCGAAUAAUAAUCUAGUACAAGUUCCGACGCCACCCUCCCCCAAGUCGCCAAACUCGCCGGCCCAUGGAUCACCAAAAGCCGGUAUACCGACUCCACCCUCCCCCAAGUCGCCAAACUCGCCAGCCCAUGGAUCACCAAAAGGCGUUCCUGGCGCUAGCCCUAACACUGAUUCACUUGCAAGCCCGUAUAAUAAUCUAGUACAAGUUCCGACGCCACCCUCCCCCAAGUCGCCAAACUCGCCAUCCCAUGGAUCACCAAAAGGCGUUCCUGGUGCUAGCCCAAACACUAAUUCACUUGCAAGCCCGUAUAAUAAUCUAGUAGAAGUUCCGGCGACACCCUCCAAGUCGCCAGUCCAUGGAUCACCAAAAGGCGCACCACCUCGCGCUUGAGCGGCGCCACAAAAGUGAAGUAGAGAAGCAGUAAAUAAAUAAGCAGCCCUUUAAUUUGCAGACUACUUCACAGCUGGAAGGAUUUACUACUAAUCAUUAUGAAAUAUUUCCAGUUCAUCCAUCUAUCUGCACUCAGUGUAUAUAUAAUAAAUGUAUGCAUAUGCAUGUGGUGUUGUACUUUGGGGAAAAGAAAACAAAUGUAAUCCUACGUGUGUAAUUUGAUUAUAUUAAUGAAAAAAAAAUGAUGGGGUUGCUUUCAA